AUGCCGUCGCUGCCGCAUCGCCCAGUGCUGGCCCCCCGUGACGGCAUAUCCAGCUUUGUGUCUGUCCAAAGCUCGGAUUCCUAUUACAGCGAUCAUGAAAUCGCCAUUCUACACCGUGUCGUCACGGCAGCCCAGGAGAACCUCGAACUCCUUCCCGAGGGCGAGCGGCUGGCAACAAACGCCUUAUUCCAGGCUUAUGAUGCCGUGCUCCCACUCUUUGGCAUCGAUCCGGAGGAGGAAAAUCAUAUCUCGCGCCUCGUAUUCCGCGUUGGCGGUGAACGUGGCGAAGGGUCACUCCAGGAGAAACUUGACGCCGUCUUAUCAAGGAUGGGCAUCGGCCUCGAGUUCGGAAGUGAAGGUUCCAGGGUAUUAUCGAACAACGGCGACGACGGAGACGAAGACGGAGACGAAGACAGAGCCGGAGCCAAAUAUGAGGAGGCUGUUCCGCCACAGCCUACGCUUACGGACACGGACCGAGACUCUGACACGUCUGGAUACGAGUCCUCCAAAGAGGUUGAGCUUGCACUCCGAGAACCAAACGCGCCUCUGCCACCUUCGCAAGCGCAAGCGUCACAUCACUUGGACGACGCUGAAUCUCCCCCAAGGCUGACACGCGUUGGCUUGGUAUCGAAUCACUUGGAUCUAAAGCCUAUCAGCCAUAAUAAACUGCCAUCCCAAAGCUAUACUCCCUCGACGGCUGGAAACACAGAACAGAGUCGCCAAAGCCGGCAGUCGGUAUCUGGCACCAGUGUGCAACGUGGCGCCAGCGACACCACGGUUCAGCCCAUUGAGGCGUCUUAUAUCCAUCCUGCGAACGAGACCGAGGCGGUCGCUCUACCAAUACGGACAAAGCCCGUAAGAACGGUGAACUGGCUGCUUCCGCCUGAUACUGACAGCAUCAGCGCCGGCACCAGUGUCGGUACUACUGCCCCAGAAGCAGUUCGAAAUGGCACCAGUGUUCCUGAGAUCGCGGAAGACCAUUUUGUCCCUGAUAUUGAGACACGGAAUUGUCAUGAACUCCAGGAGAUUGCCGCUCGUCAAGCUGCCACGCAACAGCAAACUGGCGAAGAACCCUAUGGAGGCGCGAUCGAGGUUGAAGAAGCAGAGCCAGUGAUUGACGACGAAAUCAAUGGAGACCCUGACGACGAAGCAAGAUAUGCGGUACUGGAAUGGAAAUCAACCAAGGUGAAGGGGUACUUGUUGCUCCUACGAGGACUGUCACACUGGAAACAACACGCUCUUGACAAGCUCGAACGAAUGGCCGUAGCCAGGAGGCAUAUUUUGCGGAUGCGUCACUUCGACCCGUGGGAGCUGGUCACGGCCGAAACUAGGAUCCGUGGUCGUCGCGUGUUCACUUCCCGUCUUAUGGCCUCAUGGCUCAGGCGCGCUGGUGAUGACUUGGAUACAGAAGAUGCAGCAUUGGCCCAUACCCAACGGAACACUGGUCGACCUCCUGCCUGA